AUGGACUUGGCAAAAUACACCCAGAGCAAUAAACGGAUCAAACUGGCCACUUCCGACCCAUCGCAAUUUCAAAAUGGGAAUAUCAUCACGUUGAAACUGCAAAACUUCGUCACGUACACCCUGGCAGAGUUCGCUAUGACCCCAUCACUAAAUAUGAUCAUCGGGCCCAACGGGUCUGGGAAAUCUACCGUCGUGUGUGCCAUCUGCUUGGGACUCGCUGGGAAGACAGAAUACUUGGGGAGAGCCAGUGAUGCUGCCAAUUACGUGAAGAACGGAUGCCCUUACAGCACCAUCGAGAUCACGCUACGAGACACCGAGGCUCCUAAUGGGAACUACACUACCGUGAAACGAAGACUCGUGAGAGACAAGCGUGGUGGAGGGGCAGAGUACUGGCUGAACGAUAAGCAGUGUUCAGAACAUGCAGUGAGGCAAUACGUGCAGGGGAUGAAUAUACAAUUGGAUAAUUUAUGCCAGUUUCUAUCACAGGAACGUGUCGAGAAGUUCGCUGCUUUGAAACCUGUGAUGUUAUUACACGAGACUAUCAGAGCCAUCGAUGGCAAGCUGUUGAAUCUAUUGGAACAACUGAAAUCGUUGCAAGAGAAUGAAUUGACAUGGGCAAAAGAAAUUGAUGUUAAUGGCAAACGAUUAGAUGAAUUAUUAAAAUUAAAAGAAAAAUUGGAUGAAAAUAUUAAAUCGAUUAAAGAAUACGAAUUGAAAAACGAAUCCUUGAAAUUCCAUCAAAAUUUAUUACCGUACGUUUAUUUAAAAGAUCAUAAAGAAAAAUUAGAAUCAUUUAAAAAAGAUUAUAAAUUAGCUAAACAACAAUUAAAAAUUCUAAUUCAAAGAAAGAAAAAAUAUCAAUCAAGUACCAAUCUUAUUCAUGAAAAUGAACAAAUUACCAAAAAUGAUUUAAUUCAAUUCGAACAAUUAAUUCAAGAUCAAACUUCAAAUUUACAAAAAAAUAAAACGUCUUUAAAAAAUAUUAGAGAUUCAAUGAUUAAAAAACAAAAUCAAAUUGAGUAUUAUAAAAAUAGAGCUAAUAAAAUUAAAGAACGAAUUAAACUUACUGAAGAAACUCUUAUAGAAAAGAAAUCUACUCUAGAAUCAAUUAAUUUACCUGAUCCUGAGAAAUUCAAAGAAAUCUCAAAAAAAAGAAAUGAUAUCAUUAUUCAACAACAAUCAACCCAACAAAAAAUCAAUUCAAUCAAUGAUAAAGCAAGAACCAUCGAUCGUCAAAUUACAGCUCUAAAGGAUAAAAUUAAAAAGAAAAAAAUAUCUCAAACAAAUUAUGAUAAAAUAGAUCUAUUAGAUAAUCCAAAGAGACCCGAUUUAAGGACAAUUAGAGACGCUAUGUUAGACGUCAGAAGAACUUCAAGAACAGAUCAACAAUGCGGUCAACAAAUAUUAGGCCCACCUUUAAUUACAAUAUCCGCUAAAGAACCAUCGUUUGCCCCUUAUUUAUCAUCAGCGAUUCCAUUUGCUACUGCCAUUGCAUUAACCGUUACAACAGAUACAGCUUUUGAUCUUUACGCUGAUCCAAUCGUGAAAAGAUUUCCUGUAAAUUUAAGACAAUUAUCCAAUAAUCAAUUUCAAGAACCUAUCCCAAGAACUGAAUUAAUUGAAAAAUAUGGAUUUGAAGGUUAUUUAUCUGAUUUUAUUAAAGGUGAUAAAAAAGUUAUCCAAAUGCUUUGUGAGUUUCAUAAGAUUCAUAUGAUCCCAGUGUCUCGUAGGGAAUUGCCAAGUUCCCAAUUAGAACCAUUAAUGAAACCUCAACCUAAUGGGAAACCAUUGUUUACUCAAAUUAUUCAUGGUAAGACUUUAAUUACUUUAAACGUCUCUCAAACAAAUCAAGUCUAUGCAAGAUCUAGAAACAUUGAAUCUAAUGGUAAUACUCCUUUCUAUGCUUCAAGUGUAAUGUCAGAUGAAUUAAAGGCAAGCAUAAAUAGAGAAAUUGAAGAUAUGGCCACUCAAGUAAAUACUCAGUCUAAAACAUUGGAAGAACAAAUCAAUGAAAAGAAUGAUUUUGCGCAUCAAUUAAAAGAACUUGGUCAUGAAUUCGAUAAACUUAACGACGAAUUAAGUGGAUUAAAUAAAUUUAGAAGUGAACAUUCGAAAUUACAAAAUGAUUGCAAUCUCUUAGAAGAAAAUCUAGAGAAAUAUAAAGAGGACGCUAGAAGAGAUGUCUCUUUAAAGAUUGAAGAUGUCAAGCAUCAAAUAUCUGAAGAUUUAAAGAUAGAAUUGAAAUUGUCACAAGAUAUGAUUAAACUUGUUACAACAAGAUGUACAAUGGAAGAACAACAUAUUACUAAACAAGCUAACUUCUUUAAAUUUAAAAACAUGUCCAUGUCAAUGAAUGGAUUGAUUGAAUCACUCAACGCAGAAGAAGACGAACUUGAUCAAGAAUAUAGAACUAAGAAGGAAAAUUUCGAAGAACGUAAAAAUUCAAGAGAAUAUUUGGAAUGGAAGAAAGAAAUCGAAACUUAUGGACCAGAUCUUAAAGAAAAAUUGGCUGAAUUAGCAGAAAAUUAUGAUAAUGAAGAUCAUUUCAAUAUAUCAUUUAUUAACGAUACUAUAGAUAAACUGGAAUCCGAAAUUUCCAGAUUAAAUCAUGAUGCAUCCUCCGUUAAAAUUUUGGAGACAGUGGAGAAGGAAAUCAAACAAUUAAAAGAAGUAUUACCUGGUCAACAGAAACAAUUAACCGAGACACGUGAAGACAUGACUAGUAAAAAAACUGCUUUGGAGCCUAAAUUAGAUGAUAUGAUUGAACAAAUCUCUAAAAAAUUUGCUAGUCUCUUCAAGCGAGUUGGAAGUGCAGGUGCCAUUAGAUUAAACAAGCCUGAUCUUUUCACUAAAUGGGAAAUUGAAAUUCUUGUCAAGUUUAGAGAUAAUGCAGUAUUGAAACAAUUAGAUCCACAUACUCAAUCUGGUGGUGAACGUGCUGUGUCUACAGUAUUAUAUAUGAUGGCACUUCAAGAUUUUACCACUGCACCUUUCAGAGUAGUUGAUGAAAUUAAUCAAGGUAUGGAUAGAAGAAACGAAAGAAUUGUUCAUAAGGCCAUGGUUGAAAAUGCUUGUAAGGAGAACACCUCCCAAUAUUUCCUAAUCACACCUAAGUUAUUAACCGAUCUAUACUAUCAUGAAAGAAUGAGAAUUCAUUGUGUGAUGGCUGGACCAUGGAUUCCUAACCCUUCUGUUCAACCUGAAAUGCAGCAUUUUGGUGAGACAUCCAAUUAUAUAUUAUAA